GGAGAAGAGGGAAGAGAGAGAGUGAAAGAGAGGGAGGGGUGUGCCCUGUAUCUGGGUGCUGGUGGAGGCGAGAGAGAGGGAGACUUGGAGGAGAGGAUGAGGGGGAGGGGCGAGAGCACUAGAGAGCGAGAGAGACACAGGUAUGGGAGGGGGAUCGAGGGAAGUAAACCAACCAACCAGAUGAAAGUGAGAGAGAGAUUGGGCUGUUUGAACGUGCUAGAGGGGAAGAGAGAGAGGGAGAGAGAGGGAGAGCGAGAGGGACAUUUUCAGGACUGAGGAAAUAGAAGUGUUACUACUGGGCUGUGCUGCCUGGUGCUAGAAGACCGACAUGGAGAAUAUGCAUCGCCCCACAGCACACACAGAAACCGGACACCACGUAAAAUGUGAUUUUCAAAGGCCUCACUAUCAGCGGUGAAUUUUCCUCUUCUCCCAUUCCUUUUUUAAUUUUUAUUUUGUGCUGCCUACUCUCUCCUUGUUUUUGUGUGUGGAUCCCCCCUCCCUCCCUCCCUCCCUCCACCACUUCUGUCACUCUCUCCAUUUCCAAAGGAGGGAUCUGUGAAUCAAGUGCAACAGAAGAAGAACAUGAGUCUCGGGGAAUGAUGCCGCUGCCGUUUGUGCCACCCUCCCUGUCGCCAUGACGAUGCCACUCAGCCCCCUCUCCAGUGACGAGGAGCAGCAAAGGAUGCUGGGAAACAAUAGACAUCUAUAUCCUGGGGCAGAGGAUGAGGAAGAGGAGGAGGAAGAUGAAGAAGAGGAGGGUGAGGAAGAUGACCGUGAUGAGGAGGGAGAAGAUGGGGAGAACGGCGAGCUGGAGGGAGAAGAGGAGGAAGAGGAAGUGGAGGAAGUCAGGCGAGGAGGAGGCAUGUCGCGAGGAGGCAGGGAUGAGGGGCACAGGCAAUUAGGCAAAAUGGCUGGACGACCCACAGGAGACAGACAGAUACGACCCGGCAACAUCGGGCACACAGUAAACCCUUAUUCGUCCAACCAUGGACCCACCCAUCAACAGCCAGCCAAUCAGCAGCAGCAGCAGAAGAGGCUGAGAGAGCAUAGCUCCAGCAGGGCGCCGUCAGAGGACGCCCACAUCGCCAUGAUGGUGUUCCGCAUCGGCAUCCCCGACAUCAAACAGACGAAGUGUUUGCGGUUCAACCCGGAUGCGACCGUUUGGAAGGCCAAGCAGCAGGUGCUGUGUUCUCUGACCGAUUCGUUGCGGGACGUGUUGAACUACGGUUUGUUCCAACCAGCCACCGAAGGCCAUGACGCCAAGUUCCUGGAGGAGGAGAAGAUGCUGAGAGAGUACCCACAAUCCUUUGAGAAGGGGGUACCAUAUCUGGAGUUUCGUUACAAGACCAGAGUGUACAAACAGACCAAUCUAGAUGAGAAACAGCUGGCUAAACUGCACACUAAGGCCAGUCUGAAGAAGUUCAUGGACUACAUCCAAAGUGGCUCUGUGGACAAGAUGGCCAAGUUCUUGGACAAAGGGCUUGACCCCAACUACCAGGACCCUGACACGGGAGAAACCCCCCUGACGUUGGCGGUGCAGUGUGAGCCGGGGGGAGGGGAGGCCAUACGGGGGCUGGUGCUGGGAGGGGCUCAUCUUGAUUUCAGGUCCAAGGACGGACUCACACCUCUACACAAGGCUGUCCGCAGCCACUGCCACACAGCCUUGCUGACCUUGCUGUCUCUGGGUGCGUCUCCGGACUAUAAGGACCGGCGGGGGCUGACUCCGCUCUACCACACUGUGCUGACAGGGGGCGACACCUCCUGCUGUGAGACCCUGCUCCACCACCGCGCCAAGCUGGCCGUGAGGGACGAGAACGGCUGGGAUGAGACACACCAGGCCUGUCAGAAUGGCAACGCCCAGCAUCUGGAGCACCUUCUUUUUUACGGGGCAGACUCCACUUCCCAGAAUGCCUCAGGAAACACUGCCUUGCACGUUUGCGCUUUAUACAACAAGGACAGCUGUGCACGAAUUCUACUUUACAGGGGAGCCAAUAAAGACACAAAGAAUAACAGUGGGCAGAACCCAUUUCAGGUGGCUGUCAUGUCCGGACAUUUUGAGCUUGGAGAGAUUAUCAAAAACCAUCGGGACACGUAUGUAGUACCUUUUCUUGAGUCUCCCAAAUACGCCCCUCAGAGGCGAGAGAGUGCGCCGCGCACCCUGGCGCUGCCCCAGCCUCACCCCUUCCUGCGUGCCAACAGUGAUAACAGUAUGAACCUGCCUGACUGGAUGGCACUGCCCAAUACACCAGGCUCCAACAUUGUGUCUGUACAGGGCUAUAAGCAUUCAGGUACCAUGCGGAGCUCCAGUAGUCCCCGUGGGGCGCGGACUCGCUCCCCGUCCCGAGGGAGAGCAGGGGAAAAGGAGGACAGGAGUCGGCAGAGUCGGAGGCAGGGAGGAAGCGGAGGGGGAGGAGAAGGAGGGGCGGGGUCUGUCAGCAGCAAUACGGUUACAGCAGCAGGGGGCCAGCGGAGGCGUCUCUACAGCGCCGUCCCAGGACGUGUGUUUGUGGCCACGCGCUCCCACUCCGCCCAGGGAGACAGAGAGAUUAGCAUCAGCAAGGGAGACAAAGUCAAAGUGCUGAGUGUGGGCGAGGGAGGGUUCUGGGAGGGCACGGUUAAGGGACGGACCGGCUGGUUCCCCUCAGACUGCGUAGAGGAAGUGGCAGUCCGUAGCCAGGACAACCGCUCAGAGAGCCGCAGUGAGAAAGCCAAGAGACUGUUCCGGCAUUACACCGUGGGCUCCUACGACAGCUUCGACGCUCCCAGAGACUAUGAUUGGGUGAUCUACUGUGCGAUGGAUUGUGAUUGGGUGAUCUACUGUGCGAUGGAUUGUGAUAGGGUGAUCUACUGUGCCAUGGAUUGUGAUUGGGCCCUUGCUCUCUCUCUCUCCAUCGCUCUCUCCUCCUCUCCUCCCCUCCCUCGGCUCGUACUCGCUGCUCUCUCGCUGAAAGACGAGAAGGAGGAGGAGGAGGGGGGGGAAAUGGCGAUGGGGGGAUGCGGCGAGGAGGAUCUCUCCCUCUCGUCUUCCUGGCCGUCGCUAGGCCCCAUGAAUAGGAGUGUCUGGUUCAUUUACAGUGACUAUAUCAUCAAGGAGAAGACAGUGCUUCUGCAGAAAAAAGACAGUGAGGGUUUUGGCUUUGUGCUGAGAGGAGCCAAGGCUCAGACCCCCAUCGAGGAGUUCACUCCCACCCCAGCCUUCCCAGCACUGCAGUACCUGGAGUCUGUCGACGAAGGAGGCGUGGCCUGGAGAGCCGGUCUGAGAAUGGGAGACUUCCUCAUUGAGGUGAAUGGUCAGAAUGUGGUGAAGGUGGGCCACAGGCAGGUGGUCAACAUGAUCAGGCAAGGUGGAAACGCCCUCAUGGUCAAGGUUGUCAUGGUAACACGCAACCCUGACAUGGAGGAUGGCCAAAGAAAGAAAAUCCCCCAGCAGAGUAAAAGACUAAGCACUCCGGCCAUCGCUCUCCGCUCCAAAUCCAUGACCUCAGAACUGGAGGAGAUGGUGGAGAGAGCUGCUACCCCCUGGAAAAAAAAAUCAGAAUUCGAGUCUUCACAAGUUACAGAGAAGAAGAGGACAGUCUAUCAGAUGGCUUUGAAUAAACUAGAUGAGAUCCUGGCAGCAGCUCAGCAGACAAUCAGCACCAAUGAGGGGCAAGGGAUGCGGGGUCAGGGGGCAAAGAGAGACAGGAGCCGGGGCUCCUUUUACGCCAAUGAGCCAAAUUACGACCAAUCAGAAAUGGGGAUGACAGGGCUGGGCUAUGACCGCGCCCAGUUCACAUCAGGCCAUGCCCCUCCACACGGUAUGCUGCGACAGAAAUCCAUCGGGGUGACUGAAGAGGAGAAGUCCCAUCUCAAUCCUCCGGCCAUGAAGUUUGCCCGAAGUCUCUCGGUUCCCGGCCCAGAUGACAUCCCCCCACCCCCCACCACCGCCCCGCCAGACCCCCCCUUCUCCUCCGCCCCACCCCUGGGCUGGAGAGGGGGCAAGUCUUCCCAGCAGCCCUCUGUGGCCGUGUCCCAGUCCACCUCCACGGCAGCCCACUACCAGCUCUACUCUCAGUCUGUGCACUUUACCCACGGGGGCCGUGAAAGGGCAGCGGGGCCCAGUACCAGCGAUGGAGGAGGAGGGGUGGACCACACGCACCAGUACUCUAAUGCCCCCGCCCACUCCGCUCAGAGCAGGACUGCCUCUAGGAAAGGGGGCUACCCAGGGGAGCCUGUUGGAUCUGGAGGGGGAGGAGGAGUGGGGGGGGCCAAGGCUGCAGGUCUAAGGAGGGGCUACAGUAACGCCGCCCCACCUUCCAGCAGUGCCACGGUGAUGCCCCAGCAGCAGCAGACCACCCAGAGGGCAGACCGCAGUGCGGCUGGGGGGGCUGGAGAGGGGGUACCUAAAGGAGGGGGGGCGCGGAGAGGGAAGGGCCCUCUGGUGAAGCAGUCCAAGGGGGGCAAGGCCCCAGUGGAGAAGAGCUCCAUCCCCAUCCCCACCAUCAUAGUCAAGGCCCCCUCCAUCAGCAGUGGCAGUGGCCGCAGCAGCCAGGGCAGCAGUGUGGAGGCUGAGCCCACCCCACCAGGGGAGACUGACAGAACCCAACCCCUCCACGGACCCCCUUCCACCCCAGCCCCGCAACCCCCUGCUCCCCCCUCCACUCCGGCCCCUCCACCGCCCUCCCUCCGAGGCCAGGAUAGUGACUUCACCAGCCAGUUUGGGGCGGCCAUCGUGGGCGCAGCCCGCCGGGACAGGGAACGCUUCCAUGAGGCCCGCAGGAAGAGCGCCUCCAUCUUCAUGUCUGCUGAGGAGGAGGUGGGGCCAGGGGGAGGAGGAGGAGGAGUGGCAGGCAGGACUCAGGCCUCCCAGCAGCAGCAGUUCAGCCCCCAGCCUGGUGGCCCCUCCCCACGCCUCCGGCCCUCCAAGUCCAUCGACGAGGGCAUGUUCUCUGGGGACACCUUCAUCCACCACACCCGCAGCAUGCCCCCUGCCUUCGGCCUGCCAGAGUACUCCUCCCCAGCUCCCGACUACCAGCCCAAGUCUGUUCCGGCUGACUUCUACGGGGCAUCAAGCCGGCAGCAGCAGCAGGUCCCCUCUGGCACCACCUUCAUCCACCCCCUGACAGGAAAGGUCCUGGACCCCUCGUCCCCCCUGGGCCUGGCCCUGGCUGCCAGGGAGCGGGCCCUGAAGGACGACGGCAGGAUGAGGAGGGAGAGAGGGACCGAGCACCAGUUUGUACGACAGAUGUCCAGUGUGGUGGCGUUCCCCUCCCAGGCCACCUCCCCCACACCGGCUUCCUCAGCCACCCAUUCCUCCAGCUCCUCCUACCUGGUCACCUCCUCCUCCCUAGCCGCCACCACCUCCACCGGCCGACCCCCCUUCCCCAGGAUCCUCAGGGGUGCAGGCUGGGGCGAUGAGGGGGGAGGGGAGCGGGAAAGGGAGGGCGGCGGGGCCAGAGAGGGGCUGAGGGUGCGCUUCUCUGAGGACAAAACAGUCCACACACAUCACUACCAGUCCCAGCACUACCAACCCACCUACAGGGAGGAAAGACAGAGGGAGAGGUCGAGAGAGAGGGAGAGAGAGAGGGAGAGGUCGAGAGAGAGGGAGAGGUCGAGAGAAAGAGAGCGGGACAGAGAGGGGUACAUGAGGCAGCAGACAGCCCCUACCCAGCAGCCCCCUCAGCUGUCGUCCCAGCAGCCUCGCCAGGCCUCGUUUCUGAGGAUGGAGAGUGAGGCAGGCUACAUCCUGUCUCUCACCCCUCCAUCUCCCCCCGCUACAGCCGCCCCAUCUCACCCUCAGGGGGGAGGGGGUUCCGGGGGCAGUGGCCUCAUGGUUCUGCCGCCCCCUGCCCCCUCGGUGGAUGUGGAUGAUGAGUUUGUGUUUGCGGACCCACUGCCCCCUCCGCUGGAGUUUGCCAACAGCUUUGACCGGGGUGGAAUGUCAGGUUACACACACCGCGCCAUUAUAAACAACCUGGCCUCCCGCCAGCAGCAGCCCCCACCGCCUCCCCCUCCUCCCCCACCACCCCCUCCAAAAGAUAUGUUUAUCAGUGGGUUCCCGGCCCACACCCCCCUACCCUCCCCACAGGCGGGGGACUCCACCACCUCCAGCCUUACAUCCUAUGACAGUGAGGUGGCUAACCUGACCCAGUCAGGAAACUCCCCCACUCAGACAUCACCCAACCCCCUUCCUCCACCCUCACCCUCCGGCCUCCAGCCCACAGGACCCCCGCCUCCCCCCUCUGUCUCCCCC